AUGUCUAAGACUAAGGUUUCCUCCAAGGCUGACAAGCCCAGCAAGGUCAACAAGGUCAAGGAGGCCGCUGUCGCCAAGACUGAGAAGAAGGCUGCCAAGGUCUCUACCAAGGAGUCUAAGAACAAGAAGAAGGCUCCUACCCCCUCUUCCUCAUCUGAGUCUGAGUCUGAGAGUGAGGAGUCUUCCUCUUCCUCCAGCGAGAGCGAGGAGGAGAAGCCUGUGAAGAAGGUUGCUAAGAAGGAGGUUGCCAAGAAGGUUGCCAAGAAGGCUGAGUCUUCUUCCGAGUCCUCAUCCGAGGAUGAGGAGAUGAAGGAUGCCAGCUCUAGCUCCAGUGAGAGUGAGGAUGAGAAGCCUGCUCCCAAGAAGGCCGUUGCCAAGAAGGUUGCUGAGAAGGAGGAGUCUUCCUCUGAGUCUUCUUCCGACUCCGAGUCUGAGGAUGAGAAGUCCGCCAAGAAGGAAGUUGCCAAGGAAGAGUCCUCUGACUCCAGCGACAGUGAGUCCGAGUCUGAGGACGAGGCUCCCAAGGCCAAGAAGGAGUCUUCCGAUUCCGACAGCUCCGACAGCUCCGACUCUGAGUCCGACUCCGAGGCCAGCGAGGAGACCCCCAAGGACUCCAAGAAGCGCAAGGCCGAUGAUGAGCCUGCCGCCUCUGCCAAGAAGUCUAAGACUGACGACCUCCCCGAGGGUGCCUCCGCCAACCUUUUCGUCGGUAACCUGUCAUGGAACGUCGAUGAGGAGUGGCUGCAGCGUGAGUUCGAAGAGUUCGGUGAACUCUCUGGUUGCCGUAUUGUGACUGACCGUGAAUCCGGCCGCUCUCGCGGAUUCGGUUACGUCGAGUUCACCAACGUUGCUGAUGCUGCUAAGGCCUUCGAGGCCAAGAAGGGUACCGAGCUUGACAACCGCCCCAUUAACAUUGACUACGCCGCUGCCCGCCAGAACAACGCCGGUGGUGACCGCACCCAGGCUCGUGCUAAGACCUACGGUGACCAGACCAGCCCCGAGAGCGAUACCCUGUUUGUUGGAAAUCUUCCCUUCGGUGCUACCGAGGACGCUAUGCACGAGGUCUUCGGUGAGCAAGGUACCGUCCUUGGUAUCCGUCUCCCCACCAACCCCGACGAUGGUCGUCUCAAGGGUUUCGGCUAUGUUCAGUUCUCUUCCGUUGAAGAGGCCAAGGCUGCCCACGGUCAGCUCCAAGGCUUCGAUUUCGAUGGUCGCCCUCUGCGCCUGGACUUCAGCACUCCCCGCCCUCCCCGUGAGAACGGUGGUGGUUUCGGCGGUGGCCGCGGUGGCGGUGGUCGUGGUCGUGGUGGCUUCGGUCGCGGCGGUGGUGACCGUGGUGGUCGUGGCCGUGGUGGUUUCGGUGGUCGUGGAGGCCGUGGUGGCUUCGGUGACCGCGGUGGCCGUGGUGGUUACAACAAGGCCUCCGGUGGUAUCCCUGAGUUCAAGGGAACCAAGGUUACCUUCUAA